CAAAAAGUUGGAAAGCGUUUAAGAGCAUGCAGACAAGUCCAUAGCCAUUUAUUUAAAUGGAAUCCGAUACCGCGAGGUUUGACGCCACCGAGGAGUGAUCCAGCAGUUGAUUUAAACGAUGGUUGCUGACAAGGCCACAGCCAGCGCCUUGUCGGGUGACCCACGGCGGCCGGAAAGUGUCACACCUUACAAGCCACCACCGCCAUCUGAGGACAAAGUCGAUGCCUACGCAACCGUGGGGAUGGUGCUGGCAAUGCUGGGCAUGCUUUUGAAGCUACGAAUAUUUUCGUUUAUCUCCAUCGCCUUCAUUGCGUCCUCCUUUAUACAGCGCAACGCGGAGACGGACGUCAAACAGCUCAUUAUGGUCGGGAUGAUGGCUGUGGCGGGCUUGUUCUUCUCGCACCUCCAAGUCCUCCCCUCGGCGCCGUCGGCCACAAACACCACCGGCCCUGCAGUCGCCUCGGGGGCUGGCAGCGAGGGGCCGUAAAGAAGCCAGCGGCGGCCAUCAUUUUUUGCCCUCCACCCAAUUUUGUCCAACAAGGGCUUGUCGCAUCAAGGAAGAGACGUCAAGGGGCUUGAGGGUCCCUUGACUUGCAUAUUUGCACGUGUGUGUUUGUGUGUGGGGGAG